GUUUUGAUAAGAUUAUUUAGAUUAAAUAUUGGAACACGCACUUUGGAUGAAUAAAUUAUUUUUUCACUUUGUGAGAUUGUGCUUUGUGUUAUAGUUAUUAAUAUCGCUUUGGACAUAUAUUCUUUAUUAGUAUUUGGAAAGAAACAAUUAUGGUGACAAACAUAAUCUACUAUUGUCUUUUGAUUCUGGCUGCAGAUGCUCAAUUUCAGAAAUAUUAUUAUAAAUGGAAUGGAGAAAGUUUUGAUAUUAUUUAUUCUGAUACAGAAUACUGGCAGUUUAAAGAGAUAAUGGCCCCAAAAACCUACAAAAAGGAGCACACUGAUAGAGGAGAUAGACCCGGAACGUGCGAAUCAGGAGAAUUUAUCUGUUAUGAACCGUAUCCUCGAUCACAAACGUACCAAUUUGAAUGCACAACUGAUUAUCAAUGUCCCAGAUAUUUCAAAUGUUGCUUACCUAGAUGUUUUUUACAUAAAGUAUGCCAGCCAGCUGCGCUUAAAGAUUAUACAGAAGUAUCCAUAGAACCAUCUACAGAAGAUUGGCCGGAAGAAAUUAAAAAGAAAACAACACAUACAAGUAUAGAAGAAACGACGAAACAACGAACUUCAAUUGUGGAAGAUGAAAUAACGACAGAAAUAAAUAUAGAAAUACUAACAAUAACUACAGAGUUCGAAAAUAAAACAGAAGAACUCACAUCCACAUCAGAAGAACAAAUAGUAACCACGGAAAAACAAAUAUUAACUACAGAAGAACAAACAUCAGCUAUAGAAGAAAAAACAUCAAGUACAGAAGAACACACAUCAACUACAGAAGAACAAACUUUAACUACAGAAAUUGAAAUUACUACAGAAACAGUAAGUGAAAAUCAAACGACAACUACUGUGGUUGAAAAUAAAACAGAAAUAAAAACAGCAAUCUCAGAAGAACUAUCAGUAGCUACAGAAACACAUAUAUCCACCACAGAAGAACAAACAUCAACUACAGAAGAACAAAAAUUAACUACAGAAGAACAAACUUUAACUUCAGAAGAACAAACGUCAGCUAUAGAAGAAAAAACAUCAGGUACAGAACAAAUAUCAACUACAGAAGAGCAAACUUCAACUUCAGAAAUUGAAAUUACUACAGAAACAGUAAGUGAAAAUCAAACGACAACUACUGUGGUUGAAAAUAAAACAGAAAUAAAAACAGCAAUCUCAGAAGAACUAACUGUAACUACAGAAAAACAUAUAUCCACCACGGAAGAACAAACAUCAACUACAGAAGAACAAACAUCAACUACGGAAGAAGAAACUACUACACACAUGGAAAGCAAAAUACAAAAUACAACUGUAGAAGUAGCAUCUACGAAUACAACGGAAAACGUAACAACUUCAGAAAUUAUAACUAGAACAGAAACAAUUUCAACCAAAGAAACAAAAUCUACCCAGGUCGAAGAUAAUACAAAGACAACAACAACAUUUUUAGAAGAAGAAACUACAGAAACUGACACAGAAAAGGAACCAGUAACCACCGAGAGUAAUACAAAUAAAACAACAGAAGCACAAACAUCCGCUGUAGCCGUGAAAACUACUGAAUCUAGAAGAGAUAAAGAAACAACUUUAAAUGAAACCACACAAACAAUACAAGAAGCUACUGAUAAAAUAGAAACAACUACAAAAUCUACUACUGAAACUACCACAGAAGCAUCUACCAAAAACGAAGUUACAACGGGAAUUACAACUGAUAAAGAUGACAUAGAUAAGCAAACAAAAAGAACUACAGAAUAUAUCGUUGAAGCAUCUACAAGCGACAAUAUAAAUAAAAACGAAACGGAAGAAAUUGCAACUGAAGGGCCACCUAAUACAGCUGCUGAUAGUAUAAGUACAUCAGUUAUACCAACAAGUAAAAAAGAAACAACGGUAGAAGUAACAACAGAAGAAAUUACAACAAUUUUUUCUGAUAUACCACCAGUUCAAAUGAUCAGAAACCAUACACUGACAGAUAUAUUGGAUCAAAUAAAAACAUUUACUAAUAUUUCUAUAACUAACAAAUUAAUAAAUAAUACAAAUGUAACAGACAAUAGCUUAGAAAAAUCAGAAAUUAAAGUGACAACAAAAGGUAUUACUGAAAUUACUCCUCCACCCAUAACCUCUACAUACGCUAAUGCAGUUCUCGAAGAAUUAAGACAAAAAACAAUUACUGAUAUUGUUAAAAGCUCAAAUACUUUGUUUUCAUUUAUAGAAUCUUCAUCAACUGUUGCUGCAGAUUAUGUGUCAUCGCAACAGUCAGAAUCAACAAUGAGCUCUGUUAAAUCAAUAGGAACUUCUUUUAAUGUAAGUUCUAAAGAAACAAUAGAAUCUGAAAUAACUACCGUACAAACAACCAUACCUCCUUCAACUUUAAUAUCAAUAACUAAUGAUACACUUUCAGUUCAAUUUAAAACAAAGCCAGCGGAGUCGAGAGCUUUAGAUUUAUCACGAAUAUUCCCUGAUACAACUAUCACUACUAUAAUAUUAGAUACUACAAAUCUAAGUACUGAAAACUCUAUAAAAACAACUUCCAAUGAAGAAAAAUUGUUAAUUACAGUGUCAGAUAUUGGCCAAACAUUGCAAGGUACUCCAAGUGAAGUUAGAAAAGACGAAACUGAAAAUUUUGGAGAAGGUAGUGGUAGUGGUAGUGGUGAUUACUAUGACGAAGAUGAUGAAAAUGAGGACACUGAUGGAAGUGGAGAUUAUGUGGAGAAAAAAUACAAUGAGCUUAAUAAAGAGAAGGAAGACCCGCAAAAAAGCAAUGAUGAAUUCGAGAAAAAUAUCGAUAAUUAUAUUAUUAAUAAAAAUACUAAUAAGGAUACCAGUGUUAGAGAAACAGAUAAAAAUGAAAAAACUCCUAAACAGAGAAAAAAAGAAAACAAAACUUAUGCAGAGAAGAAAAGUGAAUUUAACCGUAAACACUUUGAUGAAAGGAAUAAAAUAAGGAACCAGAGAAAUACAAAAGAGGAAGCCAAUGAGGAAAUUAUUCUAUUUUGAAAGAAGGAUUUAGAUACUGUUAAAAAGAUAUAUCUUCGAUUUAUUUUAUUUUUAUAAGCUUUUGAGAACUAAAUUUGUACAAAAAUAAAAAUAUGUUUUUGUCUUAGACUAGCGGCCGCAAGGUAGUACGAUCGUACCUUCGGCAGGAAUUUUGUGAAGUGUUUGGUGGGAUCAUUAAAAAGUGUCAUGUGCAACGAUUUAGUUUAAAACACCUGUAAAUAAGUCUUCAGACAACUCAAAGUUGUAAAACGUAUCAGCUAAAAGAGCGGCUGAAAAUUUACAUAUCACCAUUUCGAUGGUCACAAUUGAGGCCCUCAAUUUUUUUUGCUUCGAGCAUAUAUAUUUCAUAGAGUCCGCAUUCAACAGCGUUUGUUUGGGUUGAGAGGGGAAAAAUAUAUUAGACAAAUACCUUAAAAUCGAUGUCUAACAAUUAUUUUUACGGCAUUAAGUUGGAUUUAAUAAUUUUUGGUUAAUAUCAAAGUGGGCUUAUGUCAUAAAAAAAUUUUCAAAGCAUCACAUUGUGCGAGAGUUGUCUUGUAUAUUUUCAACAAUUGUGGUUUUCAUAGAUAAUUUCGUUGAGUUCCUAAUAUUUUGUUUUUUUUUGUGUUUGUUUGGUUGUUACAAAAUGGCGUUUGCAAAUAGGUUAACUAGUUACGUAUGUGAAAGACCGUUUCAACCUAGACUGUUAAUUCGCCUAGACCAAGAAGAAAAUAUUCAUAUUUUGCAAGUUGCAUCUUUGCAAGUUGCAUCUUUGCAAGUUGCAUAUUUUAGAAGGCUCGUUGCUGAAUUUUCCGAACUGGAUAUCGGUGAUAAUACAAAAAUUUGUUUAAAUUGUUUUAAUUCUGUAAGGGAUGAACUUAAUCAAAUACAAAUUGAUUCGAACUGUCUACAAUUUAAUGUUCUUUCUCCAGUUCCAAGGCAUUCUUGCAUAAUAUGUAAUGCUCAACAAAACCUACGUAGAAUAAUAGAAUGUAAAGUUAAUGUGUUUGUUGCAUCUGACAUUUAUAUACCACAGUUUUUAAGAAUAUGCGAACAUCAUCUAAAUAAUAACGGUUUUGUGAUACAAGAUUUAAUACGAGGUUUACGGUUUGAUAACCAACCAUAUAUUGUACCAAACCUUCAAGGCUUUAUAAAUGUUUUAUUUAGUGGUAUUUAUCUAAUUUGAAAUAAAACCCGUAUUUGUGUAUUUGACAAUUUAUUCAAUACUGCAAUAUUAAAUUAUUAAUUUCCAAUCGAGGCCUGUGUUUAUAAAAAGUCGGAGAUAAGGAAACCACUUUUUGUGUUUUAACAUAUAGUAUGGACCUAUAUACAACAUCUUGCUUAAGGGUGCAAGCAAAUGCUAACUGCAGGAUCAAAAAUUGGGAAAGGAUAGAAAGUUUCGCCGAAGACGAAUUUAAAACUUUAACGUCUAUUUCCAAAAAUUACUUUUGAGAAGUUAUAUACAUUUUGUGAUGACAUAGAGCAAUAUGGCAAUGCGCGAAGGAUUAAUGAAAAGCAUUUGUUAAAAUUUUUUAAUAAAGCUAAGACAUGGGGUAACUGAUAAAUUUUAAAAAAAUUAUUUUUAACUAUUCUCGCAGCCAAGCUGUAAGCCUAACAAUUUCAAAUGUUCCGUUAUCACUUCUCAGGCUGUUUGUGCUGAAUAAUAUUGGUUUUAUCACCAUUUCUAGAGAAAAUUUUAUAGCUAGACAAAUAUCUCCAUAUAUCUUCAAAUAUCAAUCACUUGUACAAUUCAACACCCAAUCUGCAAUAGUAUACAUAGAUUGUACUUACAAUAAAAUUGAUAAGAUAAAAGUAAUAACGUUAGAGUAUUACGCCAAUCUUACUGACCACAAAAAAGUGCACCUCGUAAAACCAGAAAUAAUGGUGGCUCCCGAUGGUUACGUAUUAGAAGUACUUGGACCAUAUUUCUCGGAUGCAAGAAAUGAAAUAAGGAACUGGUUUCAAAACGGCGACAUCGUGAUAGUGGAUAGAGACUAUAGAGAUUGUAUAGCCGUAUUUAAGAAUCUUGGAAUUCAAUUUUAUAUGCCUUCUUUUCUUUAACCGCACCAAAAUCAAUUUUCUACUCUUUAGGCUAACAAAAACAGAAUAAUUACAAGUACUAGAUGGUUAGUAGAAUCUAGAAAUCGUCACUUUAAGACGAUUUUUAAUUUUUUUUUCUGGAAAAAUAUCUACGUCGCAUGCGGCUCAUUUAAAAGAAUAUUAUUUAAUUGCUGGUGAUUUAAUAAAUAAGUUUCAUCCUUUAAUUGAAAUAAGAGGAACACCUGAAAUAGCUAUUGAAAUUCUGGACAAAUUGCAAGAAAAUAAUAAGGUCCAAAUUCGUGUUCAAAAUGAAAAUCUUCUACGCCAGAAUGGUCAAUGGAAUCGUUUGAACAAUGGACAUGUACUUGAUUUUCCCCGAUUAAACUUAGAUUAUUUAACAAAGUUAACGGGUCGCUACCAUAUUUAUUUAGCGGCAUCUUACAUACAAGAAACUGUUCAAAGACAAGAAUAUCAUUUUAUUUAAAUCGACGAGUUAAAUUAGGAGCCUGGUUGGUUAAGAUUUAGAAUUUAUUUCAGAUUUGUAAAUGAAGCCAGACGUACGCUUUGGGUUGUAUAUAACAACGCAAAUGAGAAUCGCGAGAAUCCAAUAAUAAGACGCAUGCGCUCAUGUUGCGUUGUAUGGUUUUUAGGGUAUGCGAGACAUAAGCAAAAUAUAAAAUUUCCUUUAACCAAACUUUUAAAUUGUAUUGACGAUUGUGGGGAAAGGGUUCUGCCAGAAGAGUUGCACAUUGGUCCUGAGGUGAUUUAAAAUAAUGGUUCCUAAAAAUUUCUAAAUGACUUCUUAUGUUUCAAAACAUUUCUUUGUGUAGAAGCACUCUAUACCCAUUUUAUUUGUACAUCUUUUAAAUAUCAGCCUCUACCUAAUGUGUAUCAGAUCUGUUCUGCCUUUUAUAAUCACUUGUUUAUUGUAGUUUCUACCUCUUUUAUCUAUUUGGUUACUGUAAUCAUCAACCACUACCGGGCAUGGUAUAUAUUUUUGUGCUUCCUAUAUCUAUAGAACCUUCUAUUCAAUUUAACACGCACUUCCAACAAAAAACAGUUUAAUCUUAAUUACGUGGAUUAUGCCUAUUGGGAAAACCACUAUUUAAAAAACGCGCCAAAACCUCAACCCCUAUGGUGAUCUGGAAAUGUGGUUAACGUAUUUGUUAAUUUUUCUCAUAGUUGUUGCAAUAUACGUUCGUAUCUAUAGUUUCAUUCAUUUCUGUAUGGAAUAUCCAAAAUAUCAAUAUUUUUAUGCUAAAAAUUAUAAACGCAAUAAUAACUUAAAAGAUUAAUAAUUUUUAAUAUAUCAUAUAACUCGCUAUAUAUUAUGUGACUGUACGAUAUACGUGCCCAGUGUUACGAAAUCACCCUAUAAAAUUUUUUAGUUUGUAAUAACAUUUAUUUUGUAACCAUCCUGUAAAAAACAAUUAAUGUACAAGUAGUUAUGGUUUAAUUGAUUGUAUUGAUUUUGUCUU